UUAACGAUCAACAAUUUCACAUCCAUCCAUUGGUUUGCAUGGUUUUCCAAAAGAAAUUAAUCGCUAUAGAAAUGGGUGCACUCAGAACUAAGUUAAAUCAAGAAUGCACAUAAUGUGUUUGAUCAAAUGUCUGUGAAAGAUUCUUCAAUUGAGGAAUAAAGAAAGACGUUCAUUUCAAUAGUGUGUAGUGUGUCACACAAUAAAUACAUUAUUGUCAAAUGCACAUGGCCUUUGUCUUCUCUAAUUUCCCAUAAUAGUUUUCUAUUUCCUCCUCACAUGGUUUGUUUGUCCACAUUCUCUCUAUAUGAUUAGUUUAGUUAACCAAAUUGUUUUCUUUAUUCAUUCACUAAGUCCAGAUCUGCAGAGAAAAAGAGGUAGUUCUUUUUUGAGUAACUAUUUGUGUUUUUGGCCAUCUUUCAAGAAUUUUGAGCAGUGUGGAUCUAUCUUAUUCGGAUUAAGUCGAUAGACAAUAUACAUUGAUCUCAAUACUGGUUUUUGGUGAUUUUGGUGGUCUUAAAAUUGUGCAUGAGAUGGAUGAUGACCAUGUUGAAGUGCUAUCCUCAAAGUGGCCAGAAAACAUUGAUGAAGCUGGAAGAAAGUUCAGUGUGGAAAAGCCAGGUGUCCAUGACGAUAUGUUAGAUGAUCUGGUCUUCACUGAAGAAACAAGUAUAGUUGAUUUCAAACGAUUAGUAGAACUUACAUGCUACAGUGAAAAAGGGUCAUCACAGUUGGGUUAUCUUGUAAAAAACUGGGAAUAUAAACAAGAAAAUGUUGCGAGACUUCUAAGGGAAGAGCUUGAAAAUUUAAGCGAACAACGUCAAGUCGAGCUUAAGAAUUUAGAAUUAUCUGAACAACGUUGUUUUGAAGAAGAAAGCUAUGGAGAUGAUAAACCUCCUGUUUCAGUGUCAGACGAAGUUCAUGAAAUCGAUGGCAAGUAUGAUACAGUUACAUAUCGGAAGCAACAGGCCUUACACGCGCGGAAGUUAUUGGAAGCAAGUGUUCACCGAGAGCUGAUACUCAUGGAGAAACUUGAGGAAAGCAUUAUAAACCUCGAAAAACAAUCUUCCCCUGUAGAAGAACUUUCCCAAAUCUUGAAAAGAGAUUAUGACUUUUUACAUUUUGUUCUUCAAAAUGCACCCGUCGUUAUUGGCCAUCAGGAUAAAGAAUUGCGGUAUCGGUUCAUCUAUAAUCCUUUUCCAAAUUUAGUAGAGGAGGAUAUUAUUGGAAAAACGGAUGUGGAGAUAUUCAAAGGUGACGGUGUAAAAGAAUUCCAAGACUUUAAAAGAGAAGUUCUGGAUAGAGGAUUACCAGCAAAGAGACAAAUUACUUUUGAGACUGAUUUAUUUGGAGCGAAAUCAUUCUUAUAUUAUGUUGAACCCGUGUUCAGCAAAGACGGAGAGAUAAUUGGUGUAAACUAUUUGGGCAUGGAUAUCACUGAUCAGGUGAAAAAGCGAGAAAAGAUGACAAAACAUAGGGAAGAAAUAGUUGUGCCAAAGGCCGAACAGACAGAACUUAAUAAAACCAUUCAUAUCACAGAAGAAACCAAUGGAGGUGACAAAAGCCAUGUUUCUGUGUUGGAUGAAAUUGGUGAAAUAUUUCAAGAUGCCCCCAGAAAAAGAAACGAUGUUAUUGCUGAACAGAAUCAUCUAGAAGUAGAUGCCGAGUAUGAUACAGUUGUAUAUUGGAAGCAACAGACUUCGCAUUUGGGAAAAUUACUAGAAGCAAGUGUUCAAAGAGUGAAGAUACUUAAGGAGAAACUCGAAGAAAGCAUUGAAAAUCUUGGAAACAAAUCUUCACUUGUAGAAGAACUUUCCAAAAUAACGAAAAGAGCUGAUAAGUUUUUACAUUUUGUUCUUGAAAACGCACCUGUUGUUAUUGGCCAUCAGGAUAAAGAGUUGCAGUAUCGCUUCUUGUAUAAUCAUUUUCCAAGUUUAGUAAAGGAGGAUGUAAUUGGAAAAACAGAUGUAGAGAUAUUUAAAGGUGGCGGUGUAAAAGAGUCCCAAGACUUCAAAAGAGAAGUUCUGGAAAGAGGAUUACCAGCAAAGAGAGAAAUUACUUUUGAGACCGAAUUAUUUGGACCUAAAACAUUCUUAAUAUAUGUUGAACCCGUGUUCAGUAAAGAAGGGGAGAAAAUUGGUGUAAAUUAUAUGGGCAUGGACGUCACUGAUCAGGUGAAAAAGAGAGAAAAGAUGGCAAAACUUAGGGAAGAAUUAGUUGUGCAAAAGGCCAAAGAGACGGAACUUAAUAAAGCUAAUCAUACUGCAGGUUGGUAUGAUUUCUUUGUGUCAACCUUACUGUUUAGAUGUUAUUUAAGAUUUUAG